AAGAAAAGAAAAGUUCCACCUGACGAAUUUGUGUAACCGUGUAGAUAUUCAAAAAUAGAGUAAUCGGAAAUAUUUUUAUUGUUAUUCCAAAGAAACGAACGAAUUAGACGUGUAAAAAAUGUCCGGUAUUAUUUCGCUAACAUCGCGGCGUUUACCGCGUAAUGUGCUCAGCCUGGGCAUGAAAGCGGCUCGCAGCCAAGAAGUUAACAAUGCCAAUGCUGUACGUCAGUAUGCCCGUCUAGCUUCCAGACAAGCUCAACUUUUGAGCCAAAUUGGUGGUGAUGCACAGACCUCCGCUGUCAGGUUAGUAGUCCAAAGUUUCCACACCAGUGUCAGCCUAUGGCAAUCGGAAACCGUUAAGGUACCACCAUUUGCUGAUUCCGUAUCGGAAGGUGAUGUAAAAUUCACAGUUAAGGUUGGUGACUAUGUCAAGGCCGAUCAAAACGUCAUGGAAAUCGAAACUGACAAAACCACUGUCGGUGUACCAGCUCCAUUCGGCGGUAUUGUCCGCAAAAUUCUUGUAGCCGAUGGUGAUACCGUUAAGGCUGGUCAACCAUUGUUCGAAUUGGAAAAGGCUGAUGCCGGUGCUGCUCCCGCUGCCCCAGCUGCUGAGGCACCCAAACCAGCUGCUGCUGCUCCCCCACCACCACCACCACCAACUCCUGCUGCCGCAGCACCAAAACCAGCAGCUGCUGCCCCACCACCACCACCACGUCCCACACCUCCACCACCAGUUAGACCAGCACCAGCUGCUCAAAUCCCUGUGGCUACAAUUCGCCCAACACCAGCUGCUGUGCCACCACAAAUUAAAGUACCCCCAGCAGAUUAUUCGCGACAAAUCACUGGUACGCGUACCGAACAACGUGUUAAAAUGAAUCGUAUGCGUCAAAAGAUUGCUGCCCGUUUGAAGGAGGCUCAAAAUGUUAACGCCAUGUUGACAACCUUCAAUGAAAUCGAUAUGAGUGGUGCCAUGGAAUUCCGUAAGGCCCAUUUGGAAGCUUUCCAAAAGAAAUAUGGCAUCAAGAUUGGUUUCAUGUCCAUUUUCACUAAAGCUGCUGCCUAUGCUUUGCAAGAUCAACCUGUUGUCAAUGCGGUUAUUGAUGAAACCGAAAUCGUCUAUCGCGAUUAUGUUGACAUCUCUGUAGCUGUUGCCACACCCAAGGGUUUGGUUGUGCCAGUUAUUCGCAAUGUCGAAAGCAUGAACUAUGCCGAUAUUGAAAUUGCCAUGGCUGCUUUGGGUGAUAAGGCACGCAAGGGUGCUAUUGCUGUUGAGGAUAUGGAUGGUGGUACCUUUACCAUCAGUAACGGUGGUGUGUUCGGUUCCCUUAUGGGUACACCUAUUAUUAAUCCACCACAAAGUGCUAUUUUGGGCAUGCAUGGUAUCUUUGAAAGACCCGUUGCCGUCAAGGGACAGGUUGUCAUUCGCCCCAUGAUGUAUGUUGCCCUUACAUACGAUCACCGAUUGAUUGAUGGUCGUGAGGCUGUUAUGUUCUUGCGUAAAAUUAAGGCUGCCGUUGAAGAUCCUAGAAUUAUUUUAGCUGGCUUGUAAAAAAAUAA